AUUAUGUCUUCACCCUAUAUGCCGUUUUUGCCAUUUUUUGCCACACAAACGGAGGAACCCACAAUGGACUCUGCAAUCAAAGAGCUAGAUACUGAGGGGCUUAUUCAGUUUUUAAAGAAAAAAAACUUAGAGUUAAAGGAUUCAAGCUAUGAAAUUUUAAAAAAACAAGAAAUUCCUGGAUCUGUCUUCUCUGAUUUUACAGAAGAUAAAUUUCGUAGUAUGGGUUUACCAUUUGGGCCUGCGAAGAUUUUGGCAGAUUUUACCAAAAAAAUAAGAACACAAAAAUUGAAAACGUAUUUAUCAUAUAAAACAGGAAAAGACUUUAAAGAUGUUUUAAAAGAAUUCGGAAUCGUUGGGACUAGCAUAGGAGACAUACCACAGUUUACGCCUGAACUAUAUAAAAUUAGUGAAGAUGAUGAAAAUCUAAAUCUAUGUAUGACGCUUAUAAAGACCAAGUUGCCCAUUCUGGGAACCCUACUUGCCGACGAUAAUGAAAGGGAACGUUGUGAAUAUGUAGAAUCUAUCCUGGAUUCAGCAAUACAUAUUGUCAAAAGGAUCACAGGAAAACAGGUUACUCGCCACCCGCAGAUGGAAGUUACCGGAGAAGAUAAUACUGGUAUAGUAGAUUAUGCUAUAAAAUAUCAAUCCGAGCUCAUUUGCAUAACCGAAGGUAAAUUUUGGAAUAUAACCGAAGGGUUUAUGCAAAAUCUGCUUCAACUUCAAAGUGCUUCUCAAGUCAACAAGCGCAUUAUCGGUAAUGUUUUCGGGGAGAAGGAUUAUAUUUACGGAAUAGUAACAACGGCAGAAGUAUGGUAUUUUUUAAAAUAUACCAAUGAGGGAAUUGCUUGCACGAGUAAGAAUCCGCUUAAGGUUGAAUUUAAUGAAUCUGCAUUAGAAAUUUUAAAUGAGGAACGUAAUUUACGUAAUAAUCUAAAAAGGAUUAUUGAGAUUAUUACAGGUUUAUUAAUAGAUAAAUUGGGGGAUACUGAGCCACCGGUGAAGAAGGUGAGAAAGGAUAAAUAA